AUGAAAAAUUCUUUUAAUAAUAAAGGAGGCUUGGUUAAUACUACGAAAAAAAUCGAUGAAUCUGAUAUAGAGCCUGUAGGUGAAGAAAAAGAAAAAGAAAAAAAUGAAACAGAUAAAAUAAAACAAAAUAAUAAUAAUAAUAAUAAUAAUAAGUUGUACUGUGAGAAUCCACAAAAUGAUAAUAUUAUUAACAAUUUAUAUAAUUUAAACUCAAAUGUAAAAAUAAAUAAUAAUGUUGAGGUAGUGGGUUUAAGUUCUAAAGAAAAGAACUAUAUUAAUACAUAUAAACAUUUUCAAAAUGAUAAGGAAAAAUAUAAAAAGGAAAAAGAACAUAAUAAUAAAAAUAUGUUUGAAAAUAAUAACUUUCAUAAUAAUAAUAAAUAUAAUAUUAAUAAUAAAAAGAAAAAUUCCAAACAUUUUGACAUAUUCAUAGAUAAAAGAAAUGCUGUUAACAGUAUCUUAAGUUCCACAUUCGCAGGUAUUAUGUCUCGUACUAUGACAGCACCUUUAGAUAGAGUAAAAUAUAUAAUGCAAAUUACAAAUAAUUUACCUAUAUAUGAAAUAUUCAAAAUUAUUAAAAAAGAUGGUAUUAUAUGUGGAUUUUUUCGAGGGAAUUGUGUUAAUAUUGUAAAAAUUAUUCCAGAGUUAUCGAUAAAAAUGUAUUCAUAUGAAUUUAUGAAAUUAAAUGUUUAUAAAUAUUAUUAUAAUAAUAAAAAUAAAAAUAAUAAUGAAAAUAAUGAUAUCAUACAUACAGAUGAACCAAAUAUGAAUAUUCCGUUUUUUAUUCGUUUUUUAAUAGGAAGUUCAAGUGGUGCUAUAGCAGCUUUAUUCAUUUAUCCUUUAGAAAUUGUAAAAACAAGAUUAAUCGUUUCCAAUAAAAUUGAUUCAAGUGGUAUUAUUAAAUGUUUUUAUGAUAUUUAUAAAAAUGAACCAUAUAGACAUUUCUAUAAUGGUUUAUCUAUGCAUCUUUAUGGAGUCAUUUUAUUUUCAGGAUGUAAUAUGAGUAUAUAUGAUUAUUUAAAAUAUUUAUUCUUUUCCUUAUAUAAGGAAUAUAUUCAUUCAAAUUAUUGUCUUACGAAAAAUGAUAACAAACAAAAUAAAAAUUUAACAAAAAAAAGUCCACAUGACAAAUUUAAUCAAUUAAAUAAUUAUGAAAAUUAUAAAAUUGGAAAUAAUAACAACAUGGAUAAUAGUAUUCAUAAAAAUAAACAAACAAAUUCACAACAAUAUUAUUCUCCAUAUAUACAUAAUGAAAAUCGAAAUGAUAAUUUUACUUUCAAUUCUUUGAAAGAGGUAAAAUUUUAUGAACGUUUUAAAAAAUAUUCCUCCAUUAUAUGGAAUAAUAAUAUACAUAAUAAUCAUAAUAAUAAUUAUUAUUAUCAUAAUAAUAGUAAUAACAAUUUUGUACAUAAAAAAGAAAAUCACCUGAACACUUCAAGCUGUUCAUAUUGUAAUUAUCGUAUUAAGAAUGUGAAUUGUUUAACUUUUUUAUUAUUUGGUAUAACUAGUUCGUUUAUAGCCCAGAUUGUCAGUUAUCCUUUUCUUGUUUUACGUACAAGGAUGCAAACACUUAAUAAUGAGAUAGCAACUAAUUAUCUGAACAACGAAAGGAAGAAAUUUAAGUCCUGUAGCUUUAUUUUAUACAACAUCAAAAUUUAUGGAUACAAAUCGUUAUAUCGAGGCGUUUAUGUAAAUUUGUUAAAAACCAUACCUGCUACUUCUAUCACGUGGUUUGCCUACGAAUAUGCCAUGCGGAAACUACAAAGGAUUUAA